UUUAAAAAUACUGUUCAGGCAUUAUUCAAGGCAGCCAAGUUUCCGGAAGAGCAACUGGUGCGGGUUUAAUGGACAAGGAAGAGAUAUUUGUUUAGGUUUAGUCUGAAGAUUACGCAUACUCUUCUUUCGUCAAAUAGUCUGGCUCUUUUUAUAUCGUCAGCAUGCCUUUGUUUGCCCAAAAUCCAUUUGACCAAGAUGUCGAGAAGUCAACCAAUGAAAACAACACAACAGAUGACUGGGGGCUCAUUAUGGACAUCUGUGAUAAGAUUGGAACGACACCCAAUGGACCAAAGGACAGUUUGAGAUCCAUUAUGAAGAGAGUCAACCACAAAGUGCCUCAUGUUGCCAUGCAGGCCCUCAAUUUGCUGGGUGCUUGUGUGUCAAACUGCGGCAAAAUAUUCCACUUGGAAAUCUGCUCAAGGGAGUUUGCCAGUGAAGUACGGAGUGUGCUGGGCAGGGCCCACCCUAAGGUGUGUGAAAAGCUAAAGGCUCUAAUGGUGGAGUGGGCAGAAGACUUCCAGAAGGAUCCACAACUCAGCCUGAUCAGCGCCACCAUCAAGACUCUGAAAGAGGAAGGCAUCACCUUCCCCUCCACAUCCUCACAGGGGUCCACCACUAAGGUCAGCACACCUGCUGUGAGCAAAGUAUCAGAUGAUGACAACCUGGCCAAAGCCAUCGAGCUGUCCUUGCAGGAGCAGAAGCAGCAGGUGGAGACACGGCCCCUGGCCAUGACUUCUGACCCCCCAAACUACACCAACGGUAGUGGGGGGGAGGAGGCCCGGAAGGUGCGUGCGCUGUACGACUUUGAAGCGGCUGAAGAUAAUGAGCUGACCUUCAAAGCUGGAGAACUUAUUCUGGUUUUGGAUGACAGCGAUCCAAACUGGUGGAAAGGAGAGAACCACAGAGGAGUGGGGCUUUUCCCUUCCAACUUUGUCACAACUAAUUUGAAUGCUGAGCCAGAGACAGUGGCUUUUGUUGAAAGGCCAACCAGUCCUGAAGAGACGAGCCUGGAAACCAAAGUUGAGCCUGAGCCCGUCUUCAUUGACGAGGGGAAGAUGGACAGAACACAGGCACUGCUGCAGAAUGCAGAUCCUGCAGAUCCGGCUCCUGACUCUCCAGAGCUGAUCCAGCUGGAGGGUGCAUGUGAACAGAUGAACCCGAUGAUUGAUGAGAAGCUACAGGAGAUUGACAGGAAACACUCAGAGUUGUCGGAGCUAAAUUUGAAAGUUAUGGAGGCCCUGGAGCUUUACAACAAGCUCAUGAACGAGGCUCCAUUCUACUCGGCCUACUCCAAGAUGCAGGCGCAGUAUGCUCCAGCUGGCUCAGCUGUAGCCAUGCAGGGCUACCUUGGCCCGGCCGGCGGUCCCUACCUUCCUCCAGUGAUGCCCCAGGUUCCACCUGCGCAGCCCUACACUCUGCCCAGCGACCAGCCCGGACAGCUCCACUCACUGCCCCCCAACGUCUCAGCCCCACCCAACAGCCAAGCUCAGCCUCCCUACAUGAGCAGUGGUAUGAACGCUCAGUACAUGAACCAAGCUCCUGGAGCUCCUUACCCACACAUGGACAUGUCGACCUAUCACAACUCCAACAUGCCUCCUGUGUCCUAUCCUGUGGCUGCUCCUCCUCACCAGGCUCCUCAGCAGCAGCAGGCGGCAUAUUAUCAGCAGCCUUUGCUGUAAAACUCCUACUGACCGUAGACCUAAGAUGAAUACACGCAUCAGAUAUUUCGUGUGUGUGUGUCUGUGUCUGUGUGUGUGUGUCUGUCUGUGUGUGUGUCUGUGUGUCUGUGCCUGAUGAGCUGAAUGGAACACACCCUGCGAAAGUUGAAUUAACUGCGGCGUGUAUGUAAUGCAGGUCUGUUGUUCAUCUGAGUCAGGACACUCUCUGUGCGCAUGUCCUCAGCUACUGUAUGCGAGGCUAAACAUGGCGCCAGGAGUUUUCGCCUGUUCUUCACUGCUUUUUCCUGGCUGACAGUGAACACGGCGCUGGUCUUCACAGAAGAAGAGUUGGGUUUGCCCACCAAUACAGGACCAUGUAAUAAUGAGCAGCCUAUUUUGACAAUUCAUAGUUCAUCACAAUGCUACUCCCAAACAUUGCUUUUUUCUGAAUUGACCCCCUUCAAAGAAUUCACGCAACAUGUGCUCUUCUGAGGUGGUAAGAUAGGGUCAGCCAUGUCCACACUAAUGUAGAUAAAUGAGAAAACAUUUUUUCUACCUUGAUUAUAUGGGCAAUGUGGCGAAAGCAAUCCCUCUGUUUAGCCACAGUACAGCCCAUAUAGCAUAAUAGAAGAUCAAUGUAACUACAUGCGCAAGUCAGAAUUGAAUAGACUAAAAUAGCAGCUCUGCAUGUAAAAUGCAAGUAAAACGUGAGCCUUUACGCAAGCCUUUGCACAGCUGGUCUAAACGGCUGUAUUGAUCAAAACUUAAAAAGCAUAUCUGUUCUGGCAGAUGCUUGUGAGACAGAUUACUGAAAAACGCGGCUGAAACGUGUCCAGUAUAGCCAGCUUGCAGCUGCUUGCUAGUGUGGAUUGAACACCAUUUGACACCGAAAUGGCAUUUUCAAAUGUAUCUACGCAUUAAUGUGAACAUGCCCUAAAUGUUUUGUUUUUCUUAUAGUUUUUAAUGACCAUCUUGUUUUUAAGUCUGUAGGUGAAUUCAUCUGAAGGCAGGUACAGUUUAUUCUGACCAUCUCUUUGUCCUCUACUGCAGUUUGCACUGAAUGAUCGAAACAACAUUUUUUGGUGAGAUUGGUGAGUCUGUUUCUGCAAAGUCAGCUGUUAUUAAAAGGCAGGAGCUCCGUUUUUUUCUUCUCACCAGCAUUCAUCAGUUUAGCUCAUCUGUUUUCUGAAGAGAAGUCCACACUAUAUUUUCAACCAUCAGACAUGUAUGUUAACAGUUAUAUUUGUGUAAAUGGUUAAAAACAAUACUUUUCCUUAAACUCACUGCCUUGUAAUGCAUUCUGUGGUUGCAUUUGCGAUAUUUAAGAUGACAUUUUCUGUGUGUGUGUGUGCACAUAUUUGUUUGUUUUUUUACAUGUUUGUAUGUGUUUGAGGGUUUACCCAUAAUUCAUCUUUGUAAAAUUACACUGAUUUUCACAAGGAUCAGAUUUUAGGGUAAACUGAGAAAUAGUUAGAUCUCUUUGUGUGUUUUUUUUAAUCUGGUGAAAUGCUGCAUCUGUUCAUGAUUAUAACAUCUGUACCCUGCUGCCUCUCAUCUUCAUCUGUGGAUUCUCUUCCACUUAGCGGAAACCUGUUAGAAGUCCAUGUUUUAUGCAAAUGCACGAUACUGAGAUUUAUCAUGUCUAUAUACUUAAAUUUCAAAAUUGUCAAUGGCCUCGUCUGUACUUUGAUUUAUAUAUAUAUAUUGAGACAUUAUACAUGUAUAAUUUACAUGGCUGGAGAAUGUGUAAUUAUUAUUCUUAGUUUUGCUUCUACUUUUACCUUUUUAUUUUCCAGGCAUGAUGAAACAAUUAGUUACUGUUAAUAAGAAUAAGAAGGAAAGUAAGAGAUCAUGUUUCAAAUCUACUCUUGUUUUUUUUCAGUUUGGGGGUGAAAAUCAAGGAGCAGCUUUCAUAGAAUCUACAGUCAUGUUGCAGUAGCUCCGUAGUUAUAAUUCUAGCCAGAACUGUCUAUAUUUUCUUUAUGGCCUCAUAUUUAAGGCAUUGUAUAUUAGAUGUAAAAUACCUGGUUUUGUUGGUUGCAUUGCCAUUGCACCUUAGCUUUGUAAACAUUUAUUUACCACUGGAUGCCUUGUUUUUCUGUAGAAAUCAAAGAAUGACACAGACACAACUUUGGCGACUAACUUCAGUCUCAGAAUCCGCUGGAUAUGUAUAAUUCUGUAUAUUUAAAAUAUUCCAGGAAAAGUUCCUUUAUCCAGGAUUUUAAGACUGCUUUUUUAACAGAGCAAACAUAGUAUUCUUUGAAAUAAAAAGAAAUGUACCUGUG